AUGGACACCAAGCCGCAACCUUUCGUGCCGCCGCAUCCGGUUCCGCGCACCCACAUACCGACGCGGCUGGAAGUGGUCCGCACGGUCAUGCGCAACCCGCUCGAACUGUGGGGAGAGCCGUCCUACACCAAAACGCACAUCACUGCGCGCUUUCUCAACGAGACGACGCUGAUCUGCAAUCAUCCCGAGCUGAUCCGGCACGUCCUGGUCGACAACCAGAAGAACUAUCGCAUGGCGCGGGUGCGCCAGCUCAUCCUGCGCCCGAUCCUGCGCGACGGGCUCCUGACCGCCGAGGGCGAGACCUGGCGGCGCGGCCGCAAGGCGAUGGCGCCGGUCUUCACCCCGCGCCACAUCAACGGGUUCGCCGACAUGAUGCGGUCGCGCGCCGACACCUUUCUUGAGUGCUACCGCGAUGGCGCCGGCACGGUGCGCGACAUCAGCCACGACAUGACCGAGCUGACCUACGAGAUCCUCGCCUACACGCUGUUUUCCGACGAGGUGGUCACCGAUGGCGUCGAUUUCGCGGAGGAUGUGGACCGGCUGCUGUCGACCAUGGGACGCGUCGAUCCGCUUGACCUGCUCAAGGCGCCCGAAUGGUUUCCGCGCAUCCAGCGCCUGCGCGGCAAGGCGACGCUCGCCAAGUUCCGCAAGGUCGUCCGCGACACGAUGGAUGCAAGGCGCGAGAAGAUGCGCACCGAUGCCAACGCCGUCCGCAACGACUUUCUGGCGCUCUUGCUUAACGCGGAAGGUCCCGACGGUCUCGACGCCGACGAAAUCGAGGACAAUCUGAUAACCUUCAUCGGCGCCGGCCACGAGACGACGGCGCGCGCUCUGGGCUGGACGCUUUAUCUGUUGGCCAAUGCACCCCACGAACGGGCGCUGCUCGAAGCAGAGAUCGCAAAGGUUCUGGCCGAUGAUCCGCCGCCGGUCGAGUGGCUUGAAAAGAUGCCAAAGACCCGUGCGGCUUUUGAGGAAGCGAUGCGGCUCUAUCCGCCGGCGCCGUCGAUCAACCGGAUGGCCGUCGAAGACGAAAUCUUCACCUUUAAGGACGGCACAUCGGUCGAGAUCAAAGCCGGGACGACAGUGCUCGUCAUGCCUUGGGUGCUGCACCGGCACCGGCUUUACUGGGACAAUCCGAACGCCUUCCAGCCAUCGCGUUUCUGGCCGGAGAACCGCGGCGCGAUCGACCGGUUCCAGUAUCUGCCGUUCGGCGCGGGCCCGCGAAUCUGCAUCGGCGCCACCUUCGCGCUGCAGGAAGCGGUGAUCGCGCUGGCGCUGAUGCUCAACGAAUUCCGCUUCGAGCCGACACCGGGCCUGGCGCCCUGGCCGGUCCAGAAGCUCACCGUGCAGGCGCAAAACGGCCUGCCCAUGCGGAUCGUCCGACGCUGA